AUGUACGUAUACGUAUUGAGUUUAGUGAAGCCGUACUUAACGGAUUACACGUCUGGUUUCACACCUGAAGUUAGUGCAAGUGUUGGGCCCAAAAUGGACGUCGAUAGGGACGGAUGUGGUGUUCCUGGUCUCUGGAUUGAUUUUGGGUCUGGCUUCGAAUUCCACCAUGCUCAUAGUGGGUCGAAUAAUUCUGGGAAUUGGUGCAGUGUCCCCGUUCUUAACAGACAUAUCUGUGUCUAG